AACUUUAAGUUUAAUCCUAUUAUCUGGUUAGGGGCCCUUUUUGUAUUUGCCAUGGUGUCAAGAUGCUCUUCUUAAUAUUUCAGUUAAUACUUGUUUCCUAAUCUUUCUGAUUGGACUUUCUUAGCUAAUUAAUUUUAUGUGAUACUUUAUCAAAAGCUUUUUGAAAGUUGAAGUUAUAAUAAGUUAUAUGAAAUUAAUAAUCAACUUCACACCAUGUGAAACAAAACUGAUGAAUAAAUGCUAGAGACUUCAAAACAUAAAGAAUAGAUUGGACAUUGCUUGAAACUUGGAAUUUUUUUUGGAGUUACUUUAAAGAGAGAAGACAACCUGUUGUUAUUUCAAGAUGACUUCUUGUGUCAGGAAAUAUUUGACAAGAUUUUUACCAUGUAAAAAACACAUAUUAUCUUGGCCUUCCAUACCAGUUUUUAAUCAUGUACAUUUAUCAUUGAAGAAUACAUGGUGUACUCACACAGCAGUAUUGAAAUGUAAUGUUCAAGACUUUCACCGACCAAGCUUUUGUGUUAGAAAAAUAGAGAAAUCUUGUUUUGAAUUUCAACAAAAAAGAUUUUUUGGAAGGAUAUCUGAAGCUCAGAGAUUCAAAAACAAAACAGUUUUGAUUUAUGUCUCAUCACUGGUUGUCCUUGUAGCAGGUUUGAGUUAUGCUGCUGUUCCACUCUACAGGAUAUAUUGCCAAGCAACAGGUAAAGGAGGUCAGGCAGUGCUUGAUAGUAAGAAAGACAAAGUAGAAACAAUGAAGCCUUAUGUAGAAAGAAUUAUUACAGUGCACUUUAAUGCUGAUACAGCUGCAAGUCUACAAUGGAACUUUAAACCACAACAAAGAAGCAUAAAGGUUUUUCCUGGAGAAACUGUGCUUGCAUUUUACACAGCAAAAAAUCCUACAGAUGUCCCAGUUGAUGGAAUAGCUACAUAUAAUGUAAUUCCUUUUGAAGCUGGACAGUAUUUCAACAAGAUCCAGUGUUUUUGUUUUGAAGAACAGAGACUAAACCCUCAUGAACAGGUAGAUAUGCCAGUAUUUUUCUACAUUGAUCCUGAAUUUAUUGAUGACCCAAAAAUGGAGAAUGUAAGUGAUAUCACAUUGUCAUAUACUUUCUUUGAAGCGAAAGAAGGUUUAGAGCUUCCUAUUCCAGGCAUAAAGUGAAUCCUUGUAGAAUGUCAUUUUAACAUUCUUGUGAAGACUUUGAUUAUUCUGAGUUAACAUCACAAAUAUUUUUUCCAUGUGUGUAAAUCAUGUAGUAUAAUAAAUUUAAUUUUGAUUACUAAACUAAGACAAAAGUGACUUGAGAACUAGAUGCACAACUAAACAAGUCUAAUAAAAAAAUCUUUUGAAAUUGCAA